AUGGGCGUGGAAACGGAGCUCAAAAAAAUGGGUCUGCGCAAAGACGCAGGCGUCAGUGAGAAAUCCUGCACUGCUUUGGCUUCAGCUCUCUGUACAAAUCCAUCACACAUCAGAGAGCUGGAUCUGAGUGAGUGUAAACUGGGAGACUCAGGAGUGGAGAAGCUCUGUGAUCUACUGAAGAAACACGAGUGUAAACUGGAGACACUGCGACUGAGGAACAGCGUCAGUGAGAAAUCCUGCACUGCUUUGGCUUCAGCUCUCUGUACAAAUCCAUCACACAUCAGAGAGCUGGAUCUGAGUGUGUGUGAACUGGGAGACUCAGGAGUGGAGAAGCUCUGUGAUCUACUGAAGAAACACGAGUGUAAACUGGAGACACUGCGACUGUGGGACAGCGUCAGUGAGAAAUCCUGCACUGCUUUGGCUUCAGCUCUCUGUACAAAUCCAUCACACAUCAGAGAGCUGGAUCUGAGUUGGUGUGAACUGGGAGACUCAGGAGUGAAGAAGCUCUGUGAUCUACUGAAGAAACACGAGUGUAAACUGGAGACACUGCGGUUAUAUCAGUGCAGAAUAACAGAGAGAGGCGGUGCUGCUCUGACUGCAGCUCUGAACUCAAACUCCUCACAUCUGAAAGAGCUGGAUCUGAGAGGGAAUGAACUAAAAUAUUCACUCACACAGCUCAAGGAGUUGCUGAAAAGUUCAGGAGGCCGGCUAAAAUAUUAGACCACAUGGGAGAAAAUGAAAGCUCUUGGGUUUGCUAUUACACAUUACAUCCCUGGUAUUAGAAAUUCUGAUCAGCAGCCGACUUUAGAAAGUGAGUCGUCGACACUGCAGCAUGACCAAAGAGAGGGAAAAAUGGAACUCGUCCCACAGUGAGGAAGCAGUGUGGACAAUGUCUCCAGCGAGCCAGACCAGGGCAGGAGGGGGAACACAACAAAAGACUGCACAGAGAAAAGUCACACCAGUAGUUCACAGAAUCUACAAAAUAAAGGCUACACAAGCGUUCCCACCUCCAAACCACAAAACAACAUGGACUAGAAAAGAACAAAAAAACUCCCUCACCAAUACGGGCUACAAACAUCCUGGUGACUGACGCUCAGAUUUCAUUCAGUCCAUUUACUGAAAAGGAAGUUUGUUCUGGUUUCUGUUCCUUUCUUCUGCAAAGGAACUUUCAGAGCUGAACACAGUGAACGGGUUUGUUUAAUAAAUAUCACAUGGACAACUUCAUUUGUAAUGAAAGCACCGAUAACCCUCACUCUCUAAUCCAACACACACUGAAACACACAUUAUGGGAAGAAUGUUAGAAAGUCGGACUCUGCUGUCGUUCUCAUUCACACACAUAC